GGUCUAGUUCGGACCGACACGAUGAAUAAGCUCUAUUGAAAGUCGCCUCAGUCGUUCGAACAUAUUGUUUUUCUUCGUGAUAUCUCGUGUUAAAUUCUCUCAGGAAUCGCAUUUGGGAGCCACUGCCUUUGCAAUCCAUUCAAAGGUAUUUUCAGCCAAUGAAGAAAUGGAGCAUAUACGCAUGAACUACUCAGAAUGUGGUACAGACAUUUUGUCCCAAAUUGCUGCAAACCCUAGGAGGGAAGAAGAUUUUGGCCCUCCUGUAAUAAAUGAUAGUGAUCCUCAUGGAAAAGAGGUCAGCCCUUUAAUGGCAAUUAGCAGUAGCUCCUCUGUUUUAGAUGGAGGUGUCAUUUCCUCUGCCUACACUGAGCUCCAGGAUAUCAGGUUUGAGCAACCGGAUAGCAUCAGUGCCAUGGAAACAGAAACUGCAAAGCCAAAAGAAUCUAACUUUGAAAAGGCAAAUAAUCCGAGACCAGACGCUAACAUGGAUGAGCAUGAAAACGAAAGUGAAUGUCAGAUUGCUGAGGAGCUUGAUGCCAGUGAGAAACAAGACCCCAUUAAAGCCCAGAAGGAGAAUGACACAGGUCAAUGUAUUCCCCAAACUGAAUACAUAGCUGAGGAAAGCAACGUUAAAGAAAGUGAUGUCAAGGGGGCUGUAAUCAGCUGUAAUGCUAUGACGACUAGUUCUGACAGUAAGGUCAACGACUCUGGUGAUGUCACUGAUCAUGACAUCAUUAAAAAGUGUGAUGUUAAAGAUGAUGUACUUGCCGAAGCUGCUGAUGUUGCCGUAGGAAGUUCUGAUCACAAGGAUUCAGAUGCUAAUGCUGUCCCCAUUCUUAGCACUAAUAGUGAUGAUGACAACGUGAAAGAGAAUGUAAUACCAGCCGAUAUAACCGUUGCUGAUAAUGUUGGUAUUGCCAGUGCUGUUAGCAAGAGUGCUGACCUUAAUGAUGACAUUAACGAUGCUAGUAAAAACCAAGAUGAAGUAACUACCAGUACGAACCCCAAAAAUGACGAUGUGCCAUACAACAAAGAGGAUGUUGAAAUGGAAGAUGUUGAUAGAGAGGGUGACGUUGACAUGCACGAUCAUGAUAGAUUUGAAGUAGGCAAGAAGAAUGAUCAGAAUGAAAGCAUGGAGAGGGGUGAUGAGAAAAAUGAGCUCAAUGACGGACGAAAUGCUAAAAGUCACAAGGAUAAAUACUGUAAACGUGUCCUCAGGGAUGAAGAUGGUGAUGUUUAUAAUCACGAAGAUACUAUCGAUGAUGGAGAUAAAGAGGAUGGUAAUAUAGAUGAAAAUGCCGAUGGUUUUCACAAAAACGAUGUUGAAAAUAGGAGCAAUGCUGAAAAGGGAAAUGAAAAUGAAAAUCAUUGUGAUGGCAGUUAUGCCACUAAAGACGAUGCUAAAAUUGGGGAUUUUAAAGGGAGCGACGAAAAUUAUAAUCAUGAUGAUGUUGAUGGUACUACAAAAACUGUUGAAAGUAAAGAACUGGUUAAAGACGUACUCGAUGUAACUAUCAAAGAAGAGGAUAAGGGCCUGAGCAAUGUCACAACACCUGGUCGUCGCAGUGCUAGAAGAACACGUGAUGCCAUCCAGCACAUCUACAGACACGAGAGCGGUUCGUCGUCUUCGAGUGAACAAGAUGAACACGAUGAUGACGACGAAGACGACGAUGACAGUGAAGGUGAUGAUGAAAGUAGUAAUGCCAAGGAGGAAAACAUAGAUUCUGAUGAUAACUCGGACGACGAUGACAAGCCGUUAGCAUCCGUGAUGCACCAGUGCGACUGGUGUAACGGCCUCUACCGAAAGAUCAGCGAUCUCACCAAGCACAUAGCCAAGGUACACCAAGAUGCCAAGCCGUACAGGUGUGACUUAUGCACCAAGGGGUUCAAGCGUAGAAGUUGCAUGACGAGGCAUAGAGCUCUUCACACUGAGAAGCGUCCAUUCAAGUGUCCCAAUUGCAGUAAGGCGUUCAAGACAUCGUACGCUUUGACUUCGCACCAAGUUACCCAUUCGGCGAGUAAACCAUACAAGUGCCAGGAAUGCGGCCAGGAAUUCGCUAGACAAAGCCAACUGAAUGACCAUCGUUUGAAACACACUGGCGAGACACCAUUCGUUUGUGAGGUCUGCAGCAAGUCAUUCACGACAUCGAGGAGCAUGGUCAGACACAUGUUAACGCACUCGGAAGACAGACCAUAUCAGUGCGACGUCUGUGGAAAGUCCUACAAGUGCUAUGAAGCGCUUACCAAGCACACCACAACCCAUAGCAAGAAACCAUACAAAUGUAACGUGUGCGACAAGUCCUACACACGACAAAAAAUGCUGACUGAUCACAUGUACUCUCACGAGGAGUCCGGUACAAAGAUUUACCGGUGUGUCUUGUGUGAUGAUGUGUUCGACCAAAUAAAAGAAUUGACUAAGCACCAGAGAACCCACAAGACAGACGCUGUCUACAAAUGUCAAGAGUGCGACAAGAAAUUCCGCCGCAUCUCUGGUCUGAAAGAUCAUCUGCUCACGCAUCGUGGUGAGAGACCUUUCCAGUGCUCUACAUGCUCCAAGUCUUACUCCACUUCACGCUCGCUUGUCCGCCAUGAACGCUCCCAUUCCAGUGAGAAACCAUACUUGUGCUCCGAUUGUGGUAAAGCGUUCCAGUACUCCAGGCAGUUAUCUUUACAUAAAUGCCUUGAAGUGGACGAGGCGUGUCGUUGUACUGUUUGUGACGCCCCGUUUUGCUCAUACGCUAAUCUUUCUUCCCAUUUCCUUUCCCAUCCCGGUAAAGAACCUCCGAAGUGCAAUCGCUGCAAGAAAAAAUUCUCGUCUUGGGAGAGCUUCACAAGUCACACAAAGAUCCACUCGGAGAGAGAUAUGUAUCUCUGUGUUAUUUGCGAAAAGACAUUCAAACGUUCUACUCAUUUAUCUGAACAUAUGCUAAAUCACUCUAGCGAUCAACCUUUUGGCUGCACCCAUUGCUCUGAGAAAUUCAAGGUGUCGUCCAUGCUAACGAAGCACAUGAGGUCACACAAAGAUUUCAAACCUUACAGAUGCGAUAAGUGUGAUAAAUCGUUCAACCAGUCUCGCCUACUCAGCAUUCAUUCACUGACACACAAAGAAAAAAAGACUGUCCCCAAACCCUCACGAUCCUCUGUUGACGAUCCGUUCUCCGUAGUCAACGAAGACCCUAAACCAUACGUCUGCAAUGAGCCCGAAUGUUGGAAAACAUUCAAAACGCACACCAACCUCAAUCUUCAUUCACGAGUCCACGCAAAUGAGAAGCCGUACCACUGCAAAAAGUGCGACAAAAGGUUUGCUCACUCGACAGUUUUACUGCGCCACCUGUAUAGUCACAAGGAUGGCAAACCGAUGUGCUGUCAUCUAUGCUCGGAGGCCUUCACCAAGGCUCUCAAAGCCGUAGAGCAUCAGAGAACACAUGCAGGCGAGAAGCCGUACCGGUGCAAAUUGUGCGGGAAGUCAUUCGGAAGGUUGUGGUCGUACAACAAGCAUAAGCAACUUCACAAAAAGCAACUAGUUUAUGAGUGUGCCUUUUGCCGCAAAGGGUUCGUUAUACCCAGCCUCUAUGCCCGCCAUCUUGUUGGACAUAGAGCAGACAAGAGGAAAAGGAGAUGAAACCGAAAGAACAAGGAAAGACAGAAAUCGAAGGCGUCGGCUGCUUGAUGUGGAAGGAAACAUUUUCUCUUGAAACUGAAAAAAACAAAUGCUUGAUUACAGUUGUGGUGACAUUAGACUAUUAUAGCCAGUCUGUUUGGUAAGAAUAAAAACGUGUAUCUAGGCUAGAAGGUUUUUAGAUGUCCAAGACAUUUCCAAAAUAAUUUUACUAGACAGCAGUUACCUGACUUUGGUUGACUUAGCGGUGUUUAGACAGUUUUUUUAUGACCCUAAACCUAAAAUAAUGAUUGAUGAAACCUGCCAGGGGCGGAUGUGUAAAGGGUGCGGACUCGUCUAAAUCAACCGUCUUCUUCAAUAAUUAUAUAAAAAUUACAAUUAAAUUGUUCACCACAUUUUCCGCCCCUGCAUCGAACAAGCAGUAAUUAGAUUAACAGAAAUGAAAAUGGAUUUGUAUUUUUAAAGUAAGCAAUAGAAUAUUUAGCUUAGAAUGUUAUAAAAAUGAAAGUAUAAAAUAUAUCCAAUGUGCAAAUUAGGUAGUCAAUGUAAUAGAUAAAUUAUGAAAGUAAAGACUUUAGAUGAA